AUGCGACUUGUCCAACGGGAAAGGUCCCGUUCAGCUAAGCCUCAGGGCAGGGAUACUUCUAAGAAUUCUUCGGGAAAGUCUUGGGUGGCGGUGGCAAGAACCGUGGCCAAGGGCUAUGAUCUAGUGUAUACUCCAUUGACUAUGGUUAACAAUAGACUUGUGAUUGAGAUCACUAAUCAAGAUUUGGAAGCUGUAGAUCUCAAAAUGUUCGAAUGCUUAAUGGGCUACUUCAUUGGUUGCCGAAUGCCUUUUAAGGUCGUUGAAGAGGCCAUGAAGAAAGCGUGGGGGUCAAAUCUUGCUGAAGUCAUGUCAAAUGGCAAAGGACUCUUUAUGUUUCGCAUUCCUGAUAGGGAGUUCUGUCGAAGUCAAUGGACCCCUGGUCUUGAGCUGAGAAGGGAGACCCACCGCGUGGUCCCUGUUUGGGUCAGACUGUCGAAUAUUCCUUUUUCGUGUUGGUUUGCCCACUUCAUUAGGAGAGUUGCCAGUGCGCUCGGCAAACCCCUUUAUGUUGAUAAGAGAACAGAGCAGGCGAAUAGCCUUACCUUUGCUAGGGUCUACAUCGAAAUUACUGCUGAUCAACAUGAUUGUAAAUUGAUUGAGACAACCCAUAAUGGUAUGAAGUGUGAAAUAAGGGUGGAGUUUGAGUGGCGACCCACUACCUAUGCUGGAUGUGGCAUUUUUGGCCACAAUUGUGCAACGGCUAACAAGCUUGGUAGACCUGGAACAGAGCAUGCUGAUGCUGGUCCUUCUUCAGAGGAGUCUGGCCCUCAGAGUAAGGCCGCAAGUGGAAACACUUCUCAGCAAGCCAUACUAGCUCCUACUUCGGUGGAUGCGUCUGAGGAUUAA